AACCUCUCUGGAAUUUGGGAGUCGAAUGUUGCUUAUUUAUAGUCGACUCUUUGAGGAUGUAGAGUCAACUCUUUAGGACACCAUAUUAUGAGACACAUGGUGUAUUAUAGGGGUAGAUCGACACUCGCAUUGGCGUAUGGCACUCUGAUCAUGUUACUUAUGGAAAAUGCGGGUGUUGAUUUGAGUGGUAUGGAGUCCCGAGACUUAUACCGUCACGAGCUUCUGAACAAGAGUUCACUGAACAAAAUGGGGUAUGUAUUCAAUGCAAGAACAAAUUCGUGGGAAAUGAAGCAGAGAAGGAGAAGAGGAGGACAAGAUGAUGAAGGUGAGGGGUUUGAUGAUGAAGAACAUGCCGAAGAAACUGAAGAAGCAGGUCCCUCACAAGCUGCUUCAUCUCGAAUGGCAGCACCUAUAGGUCUUCGAGGGACAAGAGGAGAUCCGUCUACUGCUGGCACAUCCUCCGAACAGCAACCACCUGAUCCCUUUUCACAUCUGGAUGCAUAAAUCCGGAUGUUGCAGUUGUUGAUGCCUGUUAAAUUCUCAUUUUAGUGUAUGAACACUGUUUGGAAGGUUUUAUUAAUGUUCUGACUUUUUAUAUAUUUGAAUAUGUACAUAUAAUGUUGACAGUAGAUUCAGCUUUAAUAGAAAUGAGCAUAUCAU